AUGUAUGUGUCAGCAUCUGAAAACACAGUAGGAGGAAUUAACAGUGAGUUGUUGGUGUGUUUUUGUCCUCUUGCUAUUGCUAUGUUCCAUAUGGUGAAGGGUAGUUUGAUUGAUGGAGCCACUAUUUUUUUUGUGGGUGAGCAUUUACAUACAGUGGUAUACAGAUCAGCAAGGCUGUAUUAUAGUUUCAGAUCACCAGUUUCACAUCAUGUAAUAACUGAUGCAAGCAUUCCUAUAGAUGCGGCGAAGACGAAAAAGGGAUAUGUCUGUAACCAGACGGGGAUAAUGUGGACACUGAUUGUUUUCAACAUCAGGUUUAUCACUUAUUGCAACACAAACGAAGGAGGCGAUAAUCAUAUUCCAAUGGAAUUGACCUUAGCCUCUUCAGGAAUCUUCUAAUCAAUAUUUCGACCAAGUUUUACAACAAUGUAUCACCAUUUUUACUAUGAUAGUUUUUUCUAAAAUUCACAUGUUCCAAUUGUCAUGUUUUAUAAGGAAGUGGAUAUCAAUGUGGCUGUAGACCAACUUGUAGAAAAGAUAAGCACCACCGGUUUUGGUUUGGUUUUUUUCUUAUUUUUUUUAAAUGUUCCAAGUUUUAUAUGCUUAUGACUUUGACACAUUUCUUAGAAGGAAACUCCAAAAUGCUUUUCUAUAAAUAAAAUUACAACCAAUAUGAGGGAAUUGAAUGGUUCAUUUUCGAGGUUUAUUGGGCCAUCCAAUAAUCUAUGGUUGGUGAAAUGGUAAACAUCAAACAUGGGCAAUUAGACAAGAAUGGGAGGCAUGUUUGAUUACCAAGUGAGCAGAUUUUAGUUCCACACUUCCACUACAGAAGAUAUGCAGAUAAAGGAAUAUGCACGUCAAAUCCAACCAAGUCGGUAAUCAACAAUUCCAUUUCCCCUUAUGACCCCCGCAAUGCGGGGGGAACUUUCCCUAGUUUUUAUUAGUUAUGUGAAAUUAUAAUUAUUGAUUUAAAUAAAUGUG